ACUCCUUUCAUGACAGGAACUUUAAGAUGGAACCCUGAGAUGACUUAAAACGGAGGGGAUCGUGGAGACAUAAAAGAGAUCAUGGAAUUCCAUUUCAUCACAUGGUCAAGCUUUAUGCUCAUUAUGUCAAGAUUGAUGACGUCACAUGCGCUAUCGCAUGGGCCCGGGCGCUGCUGGAACACCAUCAGUGCUCUGAUCACCGUCCGGGAGACGUUUAUGGAAUCGAUGACGAAGCGGACUGCGACAUGCUGUGACUGGUUCUGUACUUCUAAAUGUUCUUCAUACAGAGUUGUUUAUCGUACUGCUUACCGCAACGCGCUGCGGACGACGUACAAGAUUGAUCUCGGAUGUUGUCCUGGUUGGCGACCGCAAGAAGGACACUGCGUACCUGCAUCUAUACCAGAUGGUCCUGCCGAAGCCACUUUGAUGCCAUUCCAGCCUGGAAACCCUAAAAGCAAUCCAAGGUCUUCAGGAGCUCAUCAAGGAGACACAGGAACAUCAAAAGGAGCAUCUAAUAGCGGAAAAUCUCACCUUGGCCGAGGGGGCGGUAAGGACCAGCGGGCUGGUACUGCUUCAGGCACUAAACCAAUCAACCAUCAGCCGAGGUUACCGGGCCUAGACUCAGCGGCACACCAAGGAGACGUGUACGUCAUAAAGAAGUCUCGGUCCGAUGCUUGGGCAACCUCGCAUCCGGUCGAGAUGUCGGUCAUCGUGGGCUUGCUCGGCAUCGUCAUCGUCGUCAUCCUUGUCGGCUGGACAAUGUAUAAAAAAAGAAUAUCGAGGGAUCAUAUAGCACUUAUACAGCUUUAUAAAGCUGAAGAGAGUUCAGAUGCCUGCGAGGCGGGCGCGUUUCAGUACGAAGUACUUCCGAAGACGGAGGGGGCAAACCAGCAUUUUCCAGCAGCUGCUUCAGCGUCCUCAACGGCAGAAGAGCAUGUCUAUCAAAACUUUCCAAUUGUCAAAUCACGGGCAUUAUACCAUUACAAGAACAGUCAGAAACCUCAAUCAGAAGAAGAGGUACCUCGAGGUAAUCUAUAUGAGAUUAAUUUACCGGAGGAGGAAACUGACGCUAGGUAUACCAUGCUGAAUGUAGGCGAUAGGCAGUCGUCUUCAUCUUAUACCCCACUCCAAAAUACGCCAUCUACGACGAAAGAAGAUAUAUGAUGAUAACUCUCCUUGUGCUAUUACUAGUAAAGGGCAAGUCCACCCCAACAAAAAAUUGCUUUGAACGAAAGGGGAAAAAUCCAACAAGUAUAACACUGGAAAUUUCAUCAAAAUCGGAUGUAAAAUAAGAAAGUUAGGACAUUUUAAAAAUUUCACAAAACAGUAAUAUACACAUCCUAGUCUGCAAAUGAGGGAUUGGUGACGUCAUCCACUCACUAUUUAUUUUUUUAUUUCGUUAUAUGAAAUGUUCUUAUUUUCUCCUCAUUGUCCUGUUGUGAAACAGAGUUUUAUUCACCCCUGAGCAUGUGAAAUUACCAUUGUUUUAAGAUUUUAUGGGUCAGUGAAGUUGGUACUUACUGCCAAACCUGUAAAAAUUGAAUAUUGUUUAAUUCAAACAAUAAAAAAAAUAAUGAGUGGGGGACAUCAUCGACUUUUUCAUGUGCAUAUCACUGACAUGUACAUAUAACUGUUCUGUGAAAAAUAAGCGAAAUCUGAAAUAAUUUUCUUAUAUUACAUCCGAUUUUGAUGAAAUUUUCAGUGUUAAUGCUUUUUUUAUUUUUCUCUAUGGAUUCAAAUCAACCUUUUUUCUAGGGUGGACUUGACUUUUAACACUAUGCAAGCACAGACUCAAAUUUGACACUUUAUAAAAAUAAUACCAGGUCUGAGGUGAAGACUAGACCCCAAACCCAAUGUGUGUAGCAGGCACAACACAUGAGUGAAUCUAGUCUCACUUCAGACUCUGUAUCAUGCACUACUGGUUAUGCGAAAGCCAAGGGUCUGUGCCUGCAGAAUAAAAAAAUAUGUGGUGCAAUCAUAAAAAAAAUCAUUAUGUCGUAUAUUGAUUUGAUUGGAUUUGGAGUGCUAAAAUCAUCCAAAGUCAUUGAUCAUGUUGAUGAAAUUGGAGUCGUUGCGAGAUUUUUAUUUUUUGGGGGAGCGGGGAAGGUUACGCCAUCUAUUUCUAUAUUGAAUAAUGGGGGUAAUGAAUAGUUGCACGUCCUAGACCUCUCUCAUAUAUAGGCCUACUUUUUUCACUAUUCGAAAAUAAUAGGGGAAGACACCCUUUGCCCCCUGUCGGGCCACCCCUGACACGCAUGGAUGAAAAACAGAAUGAUGAAAAUGUUCGAAAUAGACAUGAAAAGAAUAUUCCAAAAAUUUGCUUUGCCCAUCGAUCGUGGACCCGGCAGCCGCUGUGCAGCGCCAGAUCGAGGAGGCUUUAUCCCUUUAAUCGUUGAACGCCAAACAGGGUAGCAGCAACUCCCAUCUUUUAACGUCUUUUGGUCUGACGCGGCCGGGGAACCCCCGAUCUCCCGGUUGUGAGACGGAUGGUGAGGUCAUAAUAAGAUUAGUAUUAAGAAUCAGAUGAUAAACUGGCCAGACAUUGCAAACGAAAAGAAAAUUACAUCAUGGAUUACAUCUAACCCCCCCCCCCCCCCCCCCGAAGGAUUAACGUUAAGCGCAAAGCAUUCAUACUAUCUUCGAGGGUAACAAAAUUAAUUAAACACUGGCUAGAUUGCUACUAAAAGUUGCAUUUUUAGAAUGAUUUCUGGUAAAUCUCACGUAGUAAAAUUGGUUUUGUAACUUACAUGAAUGUGUUUUUAUGUGCCGAACGAAUAAUGAAUUAAUUGAUUAAUCCCAUUACUUAUUUUUCUUAUUAAGGAAAUUGAGACUAGAUAUCAAUUCGAGGAUUGCUGUAUUCAAAAUUUCGAAAAUGCGAUUAUUCUACUCUACCAAGCGCAAAUGACAGCAGAGCAGAAGUCAAUAAUCUAUUAAACAAAUAAAAUUUGAAACGCAGAAUGAUGAUGAUAAGAGCUCUAUUUGUAAAAGAGAUCUAGCCUUUUUUUUAUUAUUUAUCAUUGAUUCUUUAUAUGCACUUACUUUCUAAGUUUAUAUUUAUUUUUUAAUUUUUGCAGAAAAAAAAAACAGAAUGGUCGUGAAGAAGACUCAGUGUGUGAAUACCAUAAGAAUGUGCAUUAAAAACGUAUUCUUUUUUAAUUCCCUGAGAAAAAAAAUGAGAAAAGUAUUUCUGUUUAGAUAUAAAAAUGUCACAGGAAUGAUUCACUAAAUAAAAAUCUUUAUUAAACAUUUAUUAUCAGUUGUGAUUAUUGUAUUGCUUGUAUUUUGAAACACAAAUGUUAUAUUUUGAAUAAAUUGAAAUGAAAUGUACUAAUUGUCUACCAUUAUCAUUGUCUUGCCAUCGAUGGAGAAAAUUGCGAAGUAUGUAAUUUAUGUUUGAUUUGGUGUAUUUUUUUUCUUCGGGGUAGGGGCCUCUGAAUUCCAAAAUUGUUGAAGGGGUUCUACCGACAAUAAACAAAAAUCGACGUAAUCGAUGACAAAAAAUAUUAUAUAAAAUGGAAA